AUGUCCCAAGACCAGAAGUCACUCAUCAACUCAAAUUCUCAAGGAGCUAGCGUACGCUUGGAUCGGCUCGAGGAGGUAUUAAUGCGCCUGAAAGCCCAGCUUACUGCAAUUACCACUAACGGCCCGCGGCGAACACCAAACCGUCGCCGUACUUCCUCCGUUUCCCACACCCGCCGUUCACAAUCUCCAAGUAGUGUCUGCUGGUAUCACCAACAAUUUGGAGGAGCAGCUCGACGAUGUCUUCAGCCAUGCUCUUUCAAAGCAUCUCUAACGGCCUCAGGGAGACGAUCCUACCCGACAGUAGAGGCCACUGCUGCUGGAAGCGUUGCCAAUCUUCACACUCGCCGUCUGUUUCUCUGGGACCGUAUCGCUGGCGCCACAUUCCUUGUCGACUCUGGUGCCGAGGUUAGCGUGGUUCCACCAACUCCGGCCGAACGUAAAACCCGCAGAUCUUUUUGUUUAACAGCUGCCAACAACUCCAGCAUCCCCACCUUUGGACAGCGCUCCAUCACACUUGACUUGGGCCUUCGUCGAAUUUUCCGAUGGGUUUUCAUUAUUGCCGACGUUUCCGUCGCUCUUAUAGGCGCCGAUUUCCUAGCUCACUUCAAUCUUCUAGUCGAUUUGAAGAAACGCCGACUCGUCGACUGCAUCACCGACCUUCAUGCCCGAUGUCAAUCCGAUGUGAACCCCUGCGUCAACCCUCUCACUGUUAUGCCCAUCUCUGACUGUCCUUUCCACUCACUCCUCAGGCAGUUUCCCCGCCUAACCAACCCCUCAUUUCGUGAAGUGGACAUCAAACACGCAGUCACCCACCACAUUUCCACCAAUGGACCUCCCAAAUCUUGCCGACCACGUCGUCUUGCGCCGGACCGUUUGAAGAUUGCCAAGGCAGAUUUCGAACACAUGCUCGAGCUCGGCAUCAUCCGACAGUCCGACAGCUGCUGGGCAUCACCCCCCCCCCCAUCUUGUCCCAAAGAAGAACGGCGACUGGCGACCGUGUGGUGA